CCAUGACAAAUGGAGAUAGGAUCAACGUUGGCUAUUCGUUCUAAUGAAUUUGACUUCAAUGAAUUUGAACUAAAUAUUUAUUUCUGUUAUGAGAUUUUCCAAUUUUUUGCAGCAUUAGUAUUUAUUAACUAUCAGCUCUGUAAAGACAACUCUAGCGAAAAUGAAAAGCAAACAAUUCUCAUUAAAGAAGUUUUCCCUCUCACUGUUUCGGAAAACUUUAAAACUGGCCCAUCCAAAUACUUUAAAUUUUGAAGAAGAACCUUCACCUUUAAUUUCAGUUUCCGGCUUUAAUGUUGAAGAGAGUCGUAAUAAUCUCUCUUACGGAGAUAUUGAUAUAAAACAGACUAAGAACUCAAAUGAUGAAAGAUGUGCAUUUUGUCAUGAAAUGCUUUCACUAAGUCUCCCCGGUGAAACAAUAAUUCCUUUAACUUGUCUUGAUCAAUGUCAUGAAGAUUGUUUGGUUGCAAGUUUUGACACUACCAAUUUAACUCAUUUACCUAUUUGUGGAGCUUGUAAUCAACCAACAAGAAGUUUAGAUGAAAGUAAUCAUUCAAAUAUUAUUCAGAGAUUAUUGUUAACAAAUAAUCCAAUAGAAGUAACGCAGGUAUAUUAUUCAGAAGAUGAAAAGGUUACUGAAAUUGGAGCAUAUGGUGUUGAUGAUAACAAUAAUGAUGAUAGCAAAGAUUCAUACUAUGAUGACUUAAUUAGCAAUAUUUUAAAUCCAAGAGUUCAAUGUUACAGUGACUUAAAUAGGCUAAAGAUUUCUGCAAACUCCACCUACAAAUUGGAUUAUUUAAUAAGCUUAAAGAGUCCAUUAGUGUACCAGAAGAAUGAACCCACCGUGGAAGAAAUCGAAAUUAGAUCCAAACUUGUGGAUUAUUUUAAGACCACUUUUCUUCAAAAUAUUCAAGAUACUAAUGGAGAAAUUGGCUUCAUAGAGGAAUUAGGAGAUUUGUUGAUGUUUGAUUAUUUUCAUAUUAGUACUAAUGCAACAAGCUGGGAUUGGAUGUGUUGCUAUUUAUUUGAAGACAUGCUCCUAUUGAUUGGGGAUGGAGUUUUAGUGGGUCAACUUUCUGUUUCUAAAGAUAUUUGUGGAGUGAACAGAACAACUAAUGAGGAUAUUCUAGCUAUUAAUUUGAGAACAGAAGUAUUACCAGAACUUUACUUAAAAAGCAAUAACAAGCUAGUUCUCUUAAAAUGGGAAUCAGUUCUCAUUGAUCUUUAUAAUUCGAACGCUUCUGGUAGGCCAAAUUUAUUUCAAUUCACAACCAAUGCAUGGCAGGAAGUCUGGGAUUCUGGUAUUGAACUAAGUGAAGAUGUGAAGAACUAUUCACAUUUGGCAAUAAACGGAAAAGAUAUUCCCUCCAAAUACUUAAUUCAAGCAUUACCUGAAGUUCAGCCUCUACCACUUAAUCUAGUAGUAUCAGUUCCAUUAUACAACAACACCCUGCUAACCGACAAUGACCUAAAACAAGAACUUGUCAGAAUACUCCGAAACAUAAAGGAAUUAUUAAGACCAAUUGAUAAAUUAGCUUUAAUUUUUGUAGGAACUUACCAAAAUAGGAAUCCCAAAGAUAAAAGUACUUUUAUAGGUUUCAUGCCCCCUGAAUGGAAAGAUUGGGAAGAAGUAUUUAAUGACAUUGUGAUCAUUCCAAAAGGAGAUCAAAUAUUCAAAACAGAGUGGAACGAACUCAUGUCUUCGUUUCAAAAAUGUCAAGAUUUGUACUCCCUAAUUCCAGAAUCAAAUACCGAAAUACAUAAACUAUUGGUUUUGAAUCUUCAAAGCAAAAGCGAAGAUAUAGAAUUAACUUCACUUGAAGUAAAAAAGUUGCUGCAAAUUAUUGACGAUAUUGCUGAAAAAAUAUCCAUUAGCAUAAUAAGAAUAGGAAAUGAUUAUACUAAUAAUUUAGAAAACUUGACUGAACUUCUUGCUGUCAUACCUCAAGAUAGAACCUUAUCUACAAAAUUCUCGAACCCAAUAAAGAGAUAUAAUUCAUUUGGUGAAUUUAUUGAUGGAAUCCCGAAAUUAAUUCAUAAUUUGCAAUCUAUAUGUAUACCAAAAUUAACUUUAGAAUUAAAAGUAGAUAAAUUAUUCGGAGAAUCACUUACAAUUUCAGAAGUAGAAAUUAACGGUAGUUUAAAAAAGUUCACCGAUAUUGAUUCUUUAAGAAUUCUUAUUCAAGAUAUUGGUCCAUUAUAUGAUAGGAAUAUAUUAUUAAAAGUUAAACUUUAUGUUUCAAAUCGUUUAUAUAAAGAUUUACAGUACGAAGAUCUUGAUAUAGUGAAAUAUGAUUAUUCAUGGUUAAAGUUUAGUGAGGGGGCACAAUCCGUAUCUCUAAAACUUUCAAAGAGUAAUUUCACAGAGAUAAUGGAAGAAUCUACUUCAACAUUACCAAAUUUUAUAAAUAGUGGGGAUUCCACUAUUCAAUUUUUAAAUAUUCCAUUAUUACCACCAUUAUCAUCGACAAGAGAGCCGGCGUUUUCUCGCCGACAAGCAGAGCUUUCGGUGAUUGAUGCGUUAAAAUCAACUCGCAUACUCAAUGCAAGCCAAUGCCAAGAUGUUCUACUAAACUCAAUUUCGUUAAUGUAUGCGAUGAUGAGCCUUUCAAAUGGAAACUCUAAUACGCAACGGUUGCGAAACAUAUUUGAAACAGUUCAUAGUAAACGGGAUUACAUUCAAAACUUAGAAGAAGAGUUGAAACACAUCAGUGACCUAUUUAUUGAGAAUAGUAGUAUGGCAUAUACCCACUGUCAGGAUUUAGUAUAUUUUCUUAUGUAAAGAGAAAGAAUUGAAAGAGUUAUAUAUAUAUAUAUUUACAUAUUACCCAAUUAGGAAAUAAAAAUUACUCGGCAAACUAUGUUCGACCCGAUAAAUUGUAAAAAAUAUAGGGGAACGAAGCUUCUUUUGUUUGAGAGAACUAUGUAAUGAAGCAUGAAUGAUAUAUGCAAGGCAUUGGCUGGUUGUUGAUGUUUACGUUUCGAAUUAUGAAGCGAACAUAUAUAAGAGAUAUUUUCUCGAAAUUUUUAAAUAUGAUUUUAAACAAUACUAUAAAAUAGUUCAACUAAGAUAAUAUGUCAAUUCAACUACGUUCAGGGGGCCCACUUACUUUAGCAAGUGUGAUACUUUUUCAACUUCCUAUUGUAUGGGGUGCUAAUCUCGGUGGCUUAGAUUCAAAUGAUCUGACAACAAAUACUAAUACUAAAAAGGCAACAAACACUAAAACCGAUACUAAAACCAAUACUGAUACAACAGCAAAUACCA